ACGCCGCCGAGUGUGGAGAACGGUACCGUUCAGUCGCAGCCACGAAGCGGCGCCGCGCGCGGCGACGACGACGACGGAAGACGGCUAACAUUCGCGCACGUUAUAUUCUUUCGUCGUCGGUCGUCUAGUCUCUCUAGUUCGUUCGAGAAAGAGCUGUCAUCGAGAUCCAGGCUAAAAUUUCAUUUUAACCGGAGGAACGUCAUUGACCUGGACAUCAGCUACCCGCCUCGUCAUUUCCUCGACAUCUUUCGUACCGCGGAUGUGAGAGUGGCGCCCGGUUUCGAAAUGAAACGUCUCGGAUGAUAAGAAUACUUCACUCUAAGCGAGUGCUUCGCUUAUCGGGAGCGUGGUGGAGAACGAGCACCGCAGUGAAGCUGCGACAGUGGUCGGAUCUAUAAUUAACUGUGGAGGAAGCGUCUGGCAGCGGGACAAAGUAUCAUCUCUGCAAGAACCUAAGUCUAUGGAUUCUUGCUGGAAAAUUCUCUGGUGGACUCUCAAUAAAUUAGCAACGCAAUAUUGGAAAAACGAAGGAUGCGACUUGCACAUCACGAAUCUCUUCUGUCAGGCGUUUUCUAAUAAGCGUUGCGUCUUAAAUAAUUUAAGAGAUUCAAUGAUCGUAAAUAUAAUGUAGUAACUUUGAAAAAAAAAUCUUUGAAACUUGGGAAAGGGUAUCAUCAACAAGCGGUGUUGAUAAGUCCAAUGGAAUAAACUUCUUGAAGGUGAAUAGCAGUUGUGACGUGAAAACGAAGUGGAUUGGCCACGAAACUCAAAGCAGUGAAUGAACUGUGCGAUCGUUUGAAACUUUUUUUUUAUUGGUUUCCCCGCGCGUUAAUAAGAAAUCGCGUUCCCGCUUCAUCGUCACUCGGCGUGAAUUUUGCGGCGUGAGGCACGUUGCAGAGCGGGAAUCGGAAUUACUCGCGUGAUUCAUUUCGGAGAAGUGAUAUUCUGAGCGACACCUCGGUCACGUUUUACAAGCGCAGUAAUUCCUCGCGGAAGCUGAGUUAACGACUCCGCGUGCGGCGAGACUACAUCGAAAAACGACGACGACGACGGCGACCGGAUGAUCAAGAGGGGAUGAUUAAAGCACUCGAAUGCUCAAACCUGAGAGAGAGCGCGUCGCUGGGCACGUCCUGAUCCGCGAGGAGGUCGAUCGAUCCCAAAAUUAACGCGCCGCGAGUGUCAAACGAGCCGCGACAGGAACAUCAAUACCCUAAUAAAUGUCACUCGCACGAUCGAUCGGCGCCUUUUGCCAGCCAUGACGUAAAGAGAGAGCGAUUUAACAGCGACGAGGGUCAACGCUGUCGAGAGCGAGCUGCUGUCGGGAUCGGCUGUCCACGAUCGUAUGCAGGUACGGGAUCUCCUGUGCGGGUGCGCCCAAGUUCGUGAUCCUGACACCGCUUAGGGGGAGGUGGUGGUCCCCGGCAGUUAUGCACGGAUGGUGGAUGAACUGCGAUGCGUGAGGGAGAGAGGCGGACGCUCCUAAACCGAUGAGAUGACAGUGCUGUGCGUGUUGUGGGCUACUCUGUCCACUGUGGCCUCGAUCUUGGCGUGCUCUGGUUUUUACCUGCCUUAUUGGAUUCAGGGACGAUUGCUGGGUAAGGCGGACGCGUACUUCAGUUCCUUUCGACGUUGCAACUAUCCGCGAAUCAGGGCGCCCAACGCCACGCCUGAGAUAGUUUACGAGUGUGCGAGGUACUCCAGUUUUUGGGAUAUACCGAGUGCUUGGUGGCAAGCGAGCACAGUCACGAUGGGAAUUGGCGUCGCAAUCGCAGUAAUCGGUGCUCUGACGCUUCUGGCAGCGGCGUCGUCAUUCCUCCCGCAUAUUCUCAGGACGCCAAAGCACACGAGAAUCCUUGGCUCCUUACAAUUGCUCGCUGCAGCGAUGAUAUGCGGCGGUCUGGUCAUGUAUCCGAUAGGCUGGGAUAAUGGGGAGGUACGCGAAUCCUGCGGGAAAGGGGCCAACGUUUACAAUCUCGGUGACAAGCAAUCCCAGGGAAAUGCUCGGUGUCCUGGUCGAGUCACUUGCUGGUCGGCUCGGUGGCCUUACUGAUGCUGUGCUUCGGCCUGAGCUUCUGCGCGGCGCGACACAAGCCCGACGCGAACCCGCAUACGGAUCCCCUGCGCAUUUGACAAUCGAGGUACUCCCAGUCGAUACAUGCCUACGCCUCGCCGAAGACGACCACGCUCUCCAUCGUCACGGUCUGUUGAUCACGCGCGCCUGUUGCGUGCACGCGCCAUGCGUACGUGAGUACGCGACACACGCGGUCCGCGAAACCGGACCUGGCAUACAUGUGUCAUCGCGUCCCCGAAUUCCGCGCAUUGUGGAAUCUCGCGCGCGUUACGGCAUGCACGAAUCGUCCUGUCAUCGCGCGUGCACCACGACGUAUGUUACGUGCAGUAUUUUUUCAAGUUGGCGAGCGAGCAUGUUUGCGACGCAAUUUUUAACGUACCACGAAUCUUCGUGUAAUAUUUUAUAAUAUGAGCAUUGCGACUUAAAAUAGCAUUCGACACACGAAACGAUCGACGAUUGAAAUUAACGGGAUAGGUACGAAAGGAUAUUAAUCUUUGGCUCGUCCUCCUCGUCGUAACGACUACUAUCUAAACUCUAUGAACAGGCGUGUCCCUCCGGAGAUGCGUAAAGUUUAAGAUACUCUCCGCUAUCUCUCGAGCAACACACUUGAUACAUCGAGAUUUCGGAAUCACGUCCAAGAGAUCUGCGGAUCUCGGGGAGAUUGAUUAAACUUUUGACAGGUUAACGCGCGCGUACCUACCACCCUUUUUAUCCUCGAAAGUAAAUCCCGCGUAUCUGUACAUAGCCCGCAACCUGCAUAUGUACGUAUGUAUAUACACGCUAGAAUGAAUCCUAUAGUCCUGUCUCGCGUGGCAGACGGUUCGAGAGAGCCGCGCCACGGUAUUUCCAAUUCCGUGCCGUAGUAAGCCCCUGGCUGGGAGCGACGAAGCAAUUGGCAAUUCGCCUCGACGGGACUUUCAGCACUUUCAAUUCGCACAGGGAGCUCGCUUGCCGGGCGAAUACACAGGGUGACUGCUGGAAAGGAGCGGGAGAGACGGACAUACCUUUCCUCAUCCUCCUCCCGGUAUCGAGAGGGUCCGCAUUCAGAUGCGCCGUAACGAUCACGACGUGGCGCGGCGCGGCCCAUCCAAAGCGGGCUGCUGCUGCUGCUGCUCCACGCUCCUCUCGAGGACCGGGGAAUCACUGUGUUUCCCACGGUCCGAAAACCUUUCGGAUAUAUCGAUCGCGUGAAGGCGUGCAGAACGCUUCAGCUCUCCAGAGAUUUGCACGUUCCUCUUAUUUAUCCUCGUCUCUCGGAUUCUCCCCUCAAGACGCUAUUUCCUUGGUCGAAGUAAUGCGCUGGCUCAAGCGUGAGUGUCGGUUUAGCGUUUCUCUUAAAAUUUAUUUGGAUCUACGAUUCCAGAUUUUAUUUCUGGCUAUUUUCCCUAUGUUAUUUUCCGUAUUCUGCUUUUCCUCCUGUCGAUCCCUUUACGAAAAAUCUUCUCCUUGAUAAUUUUCUCUUAAAUAACGAAAAACUUGUAUUGCGCGCAAAAGAAAGACUAUUCGUCGACACUAUUUACACUUUAUCGGACGGCGAGCGAUUGUCCAUAUUGAAUUGCGCGAGCGUUGAGAAAAUUGGGUUUAAGUUGGGAAAGCGGGCGGAGAAUUUAAGCGAGUGGCGAAAUCCGCGUAAUUAAAAGAUAAAAGGAUCAGAGAGAAAGUCCGAGUUCUGGGGUAGCUGCGGGUAGUAGUUUAUUUGUAUCGCGGCUCCUAUCUAAACUGUCCACGAACCUUCCACUUUGUUCUCUUUUUCAAACCAAGAGAUCAGAAAAUUAAAUUGACUAGUUGAAUCGAGAGAAAUAUUUUCAUUUAAUAUUUGAUAUUCUUGUUUAUCUCGCGAGCGUAGCGUGACGUUUAUGUGCAGAAUAAUAAGCGAGAAGCUGCUUUUAUUCGUAUUUCUCGUCACUUUGGAAAAUUCGCGAGCAAAUUAAUCCGUAGUUUCAUUAAGCAAAAACAUCUGGCAAUUCGGUCGCGAAUCACGCUGCAACUCGCGUGCGCAUACUUGCGUGAAUAUCGAGCCAUUCUGUAGAGUUGCCAGGUAAAAAAUAGCCCGCGGUUAUACCUGUGCGAUAUAAAAAAACGUAAUAUUCGGAGAGCGUAUGUAAGCAAGAUGUGUAUGUGUUAGCCCCGGUGAAAUUCGCAAUUGCGGGCGCGGUUGAAUUUCACGUGCUGACGGAACGGCGCGCACAAACGAUGGCCGCGCGUUAUUCGGUGAAGGCACCGCUAUUGGCCGGAUAAAAAUCCAAGCUGAACAAACACGCCGGAGCACGCUCCGCUCGCGCGAGUUCUCCACGCACCGCUUACUUCUUGCAUCGGAUUAAUCGGGGCUUUUUUCGGGCCGCGCACCCACGCACACACACUUGCGUGCGUGCGUAUUGUACCGCAUGAAAUAAACGGACUCACUCUGCUUCCUCCACUGUCGCGCCGCGUCUGAUAAAAAUCGUUUCAUCGUGAAUAAAAGAACCCGCAGUGAUAUGGUUACCAUUCUCUCCUUCUCCCUCUCUCUCUCUCUUUCUCUCUUCCAUUAGUGCGUUCGAAAUAUUCUGACCAUGGAAAUCGUAGAGAAUUCCAAAAAUACGUCGGUUACUCGUUAUUGACGCGAAACCAAGCCACGCCACGGCUUUCCCCGAUCACGAGAAUUGCGCGACACUCCACCGAAGGUGUCAGAAAACUACUGAAAGCUUUUUGCGUUAUCUACUUCGCGUACUUCAAUCUGGAUUUAGUACUCGUCGAAGCGCGCACAUCCUCAUAGCUUUACUGAAAUCUACAAAUUCUGAUGGAAGCCGCCUUCUCAAAAUACGAGUAAAAGCUUCCGAUUCAAAUAUCAUAUCACGCAUUAUCAAUGACAAAUUUUAAUUGUACGAGUAUUAAUAUAAUUGAAAGCUGGUUUAGUUAACCUCUUUUGAAACUUUUUUUUCGGCGCCCGUCUGACACGCGUCUUUAUUCUCUUAUUUUCCAAAAAGACUGUAAGACUUUCAGCAACUUCCGCAUCUCUCGAGCCUCUAACUCAAUUCACUCGUUAACUCGUGAUUCGCUCACGGUACUCUACUAGAUCCACUACACCGUGUUCUUCUCUCGAGCUGCAACUUUAGGCUUCCACCGAAGAGAAGUACAGUCCCCCGAGCGGAACUUAGCGGGAAAGAAGAGAGAGAGAGAGAGAGAGAGAGAGAGAGAAAGAAGGUGAAGGAAACGAACCACCGGUUCCGGAUCUAUCGAUCGAUGGGGUUGGUUUGCGCGCUAGUAGAGCGGACGUUCUGUUCGUUCCCUCGAGAAACUUUCGCGGUAAAACCUCUCCCGUUCGCGUGCGCGCAUUCUCUAACAUUCGUUCCGUUCUUUUUCCUCGCUCGUUCUCCUCCCCACACACGCGAUCCUUCCCUCUUCCAUCUUUCGCUUACGCGCUUCCACAACGCCGCUUUCCCGAUUCCACUUUGCCUCUUAUCGACUUCCGCCCUUCCUUCCUAAACCUAAGGACUCGCCCCGGCCAUUUCUCUCGCGACCGGCCGACACCACCGACCGCCGAAGGUGGGGAAAAGAGAUAGCCGGAAAAGCGAGUUCGUUCUCGUGACUAAUUGAGCUAUCGGUUCGCCAGCGAGAGAGAUACGAGGGGUACGGAGGAAAACGAUUCGGGAACACGAGGAACGUCUCGGCGAGCCAACUGUUGUUGCCCUCUCUCUCUCCUUAUAGUCCUUAUGUGUUUUCGUUCGCACGACUCCACGAGCACUUACCGUGCGGCCGAACAGAGCCAUUUCGUUGUCUCUAUAAACGUACCGUUUCUGCAACCAGUUACUUGGCUGUCCUUAGGGAGGGCACGAGGGCCGCGCGAGAGCAAAUUCCUGCGCCAGUUUAUUCUCUCUCCGAUCUUCUGCUUAAUCUUAAUUUCACCGCGACUUUUACCACCCUCCAUAAUUCGGUUUCUUGGGCAAGAGGCAAGAAGUGAGAACGAUAGACUACACUUCACUUAAGAUAUUAGCAAGAACUUUAUGCCCAAUAUACAUUUAUUCGUUUUUACGACGGUGGAAAUACAGACGAUAACCAGAUCAGAUAAAGAGACAUAUCCGAGUCAUUCCCUUCGUUUAAUCUCGAUGAGCCUCAGUUUUAUUGUAUGUGGACAAUGGAUAAAAAUAAAAAAAAUAUUUUUUUAUAAAUACUCAAUCGCACGUUAAGAUGAAAAAUCACUUUAAAACAAAAUCGAUUAUCGUUGCGAGUAAAUACUGUCAAAUGAUAAAAGAUAUGAAAAUUAUUUCAGAUAAUAUUUCGAAUGUUCGGCCUCAAUUUUCACAUUUUUUUUAAAACAAUUUUUUAAAUGAUUAAAUGUUUUCUAAAAAUAGCUUAGAAAAUAGUUUAGAAAAAUAAAUUAAAAACAUACAAAUCUUAUACAUAUUUUAUGUUGUUCGCUACACGAUAAUUUUCCUUUGUAAUAAAUCAUAUAAUGCAAAAUAGUAUGAAAGCAAAUAUGACUGUUAAAUGAUUUCUGUGAAAUAAUAAUCUGUUUGUUAAAAUACUAAGGUAAAUUAUUUUUGAUGAGAUAUAAAAAAUUGCAAAAACAGAUGCAGAAAGUUAAAUAGAUAUACUGACGCAGUGGCAAAGUUAUAUUUGCAACUGCAUGCAUUGUACAUAAGCAUUGUAACGAGACCGUCGUAUCAAUUUUCCAAUAAAAUUUAUUUUCAGAGUAAAAUAACAAAGUUAUAUUUUAGUAUAAAAUAUAAUCACGUACAAAAGAGAGAGAGAAAGAAAACUGUAGAAGAAAUAAAAGAAAAAAGUUAAGAUUUGAUUAAUGCGAUUACAAGUAAUUCACAAGACAAUAUACCGGGAAAUGUCAAUUUUUGUCGUGAAAAAGAAACUUUGCCAACUUGAACGAUUUCGAUGUCUCUACUGUUCCCAAAGUUUCCGUUAUGAGUCUCGUGGUUGCGAAACAACAGUUUAGAGCGGUUUCCUGGAGCAAUCUAGACGUCUUUUAUCGUGACGAUUACGGGGUUUUCCGCGAUUCCUUUUUCGUCGCGUUCUUUAGAAAAAGCCUUCUAACGUUAUAAAUCAAAUCGAAAGAUAUUUGAAGAUUAUCAAUUAAAUUAUAAUACUAACUUUGGAAAACGUGUUCUUUUCAAAGAAACCUUAUAAAUUCAUGUAAUGUUAAUUAAUAAAAUAAAUACAAUGUAUUUAUAUAUAUAUCUUAAAAAUUUAAAGUUCUCGAAGCAACACUCAACGUUCGUAGUAAAAGAAUCUAUUUAUAUGUGUUUAAAUAUUUUAUUUUGCGUUUCCGUUUCUAUUUUAAUCGAAUCUACACUCGUAUCCUAUUACCUUUGGCAUCUUACCAAAGCAUCCGUCUCUUUAAUUUUUUCUGUUCACAUGAUAAAAUAUAUAUAAAAUAGUAAUAUAACAAAACUGAAUGUCUAUAUAAAUAUAUAACAAACAAAAUUAUACAAAAUGUAACAAGAUCUCCAAAAUUUAUAAAAUGCAAAACAAUGCAAAUAAAUAGAAUUAAUUAGAUUGAAACUGCUACAUAUCUUGUAAAAAAAUAUAGCAAAGAGAUUGCAAAUAUAUUCAUCUUUGGUUUAUUUCUUAGGACUUAUUAGGUUUUGAGAAAAAGUGCAAAAUUGUAAAAUUUACGUGUAGCAACAUUAUCUUGAUUAAGCUGCUCAUUUUAAAAAACAGACGGAAGUGGAGAAGAAGUUAGUUUCGAAGAAUUAAAAUUCCUACGAUAUACGAUUGAGUACUUAAAAAAAUAUUUUGAUUAUUUUAGAUCACGAUUGCAUGUUCCAUUUAACGUUGCUUGCUAAUCAGAAUUCUAUUCUUCAAUUAUAAUGGUCACAACUCGAACUGUUUGGCUACAGGAUCGCGAGAGUCGCAUGUUAAUUCAUCUUUGUGAAGAGCAAUGUGCCCUUUGAUUAGCUCCUGCCUGUGAUCGAACAGCGUAAAGCUUUCCCGUUAAUUUGACACUUUCGAUGCGCGAUCCAAUAAUGAGGAAUACUGUUUGACGGUAUUUCCCAGGCAUUGGGUAAUCAGCACGAGAUUGUGAUUAAUCCUGUUGAAUUGCCGUCGGCUUCGUAAAACGAUUAUCAUUGUCGGCAAUAAGGCGACGAUUAAUCGAUCGGUACUUAUCCACCGUAUCCUUAAUCCUUUAUUCAUUUUCCUCGUGGUGGCCAGAAAGGCAAUUGUCAGUCUGUGUUAUAUUACGGCCGUAAUAAUUUCGACAGCUCGGGAGCGGUGAAAAAUAUGAGAUAUUGGACGCGUCGGGGAGCUAUUGAACGAGCGGAGAAUAUCCGAGGACGAGGAUAAGAUUUCUCUAGGGUCAUUUUUCUCUGUUUCCCUCUGUCUACUAAAUCUGCUAAGUGACGAUCGAUAUAUCUGGGCAACGGACGUACACGUGAAAUCAAUGGUUAUGCAAAUUAUGACAGCAUAAUCUAUCGUGCUUCCCAAAUGUCGUUGUAUAUACAUUUUUCAUUCUCGACCAUAUUUUACCAGAAUCGGUGUACCGAAUAUUAAUUAUAUUGACGUAUCAUCAUCUAUCGCGCGCGCGACUUUGUAUCGGAAUUACCAUAGGACCAUACUAAUCCACUCGGUACAUCGUAAAAAUGUUAAUGUAAAUACGAACUUUCUCGAGGAGACCAUCGUUGUUACCAUCCAUCGUUUUGUAUAAAAAAAAAAAAAUGUACGUUAGGAUGUAAACAAGCAUUAUAGCAUCGUAAAGUGUUUUACGAUAUUCACGUAGAAGCACGUUGCACAAAAUAAUAUGUGAUGUCGAUAUCAUCGUGCCAUUCGAUUAACCAGUAGUUUGGUAAACAAAGGGAUUAUAUAUGCAUAUAUGUGGGUAUAUAAAUUUUCCAUUUAGAAUAAUAAACAUCAUGUUUACUUUAAGUUCAAUAUUAAAUAAUGAAUAUGGGAUACGUAAUGUUCGUGCAUCAAAUGUAUAUACAUCUUUCUUCUAAUAUGACAUGUAUUAAUUUCCUAUACAAAUCCAUCAUUAUUUUGUAUAGCGUGCUUCACACUUCGGGCUCCUAUUGUUACAAUCAAUACGCGCCAGCGUCACAAUGGUUAAAAUAGUCAUUUCCUUAAUGUAUAUUAAAUGCGCGUGUACUAGCUGCUGAAAUGUAAUAACAUACGCUGUUAGCAGUGAAUUAAAUGAAAAGAGGAUCUUCCGGUUAACGAUAUUCAUUCAGAAAGAUGCGUUUUCUGAUAUAAUUAUUAAAUACUGAUUAGAGUAUCAAAACGUUUUAUUUCUUUCAACUCCAGUUUUUCCCCCCUUAGAACGAAAAGAAUGGAAUCUAUUCGUUCGAGCUUUAGAAUGCAUAAUGCUUUCACUGGAGAGGACAGAAGGAACAUGAGAAAAUUCUCUUGGAUUUAUUGAAUCUCACAAGAAAAUCCACGAAAGUGUCCCCCUGCUAUUUUGAUGAGCUUUUAACAGUCUGAAUCAAAAUAAGGGACAUGUAUUUUUUUUAUACGUGCCCUAACGCACUUUUAGGGGAUGAAACACCCCUUUAAAGAAAAACAAUUUUUUUUCUAGAAGAGAUUUAUACAUCCCUAAUGUUAGAGUUUUAUAAUUUAGACUUUAUCAAAUAAAGUUUGUGUGUAACUUUUGUAAUAUGUCGCAACAUCAAACGCACAAUUUAUUCAUUUAACAGAAAUACAUAAUUGGACUUCAUCGAUUAAAUCGCAGCGAAUUGAUUGUAUAAAAUAUUUUAAAAUCUGUGACUCGUAUGUGUGUAUGUGUUUCCGCGUGUCCACGUGUGUGUACAUAUGCGUGAAAGGCAAAGAAGCGUGACGAGCGUACAUUUAGUUAAAGCUCGGCUAAAAAAAGUAUGCACAUAUGUAUUCAACGUAAAAAUAAAUAAAUGAUGUUUGAUAUGAAAUAUCCGACACACAAUUAACGAAGUCAUUCGAACGUUUUCAUUUUCGUAACUAAUUACGAAAACCUGCGUGAGGCUGCAGUAUGUAAUUUUACAAUAUAGAAUAUAUUAUCGCAGAACUGGCCCUCUCUCGUACUGUCAUCCAUGACCGUUUCCUCAUGUAAACGACAAUUGUGUACAUACCAUUAUAUGUAUUCAUCUAAUGUAAAUGUUACGUAUAUUAAUAUAUUUUAUAAUAAAAAGGAAGUAAAUAAAAAAAAA